CUGUCAUUCAAUUUCCGGCUGCAGUUGAGGGGGGCUGUCUUGGACUGUCGUUAUCGAAUCUGAAUUUUCUCGGUUGUAGUUCAUAUUUAAGAAACUGUACCUGUACUACCUCUAAACGCAGCCUUCUGCGGCCCUUUAUUGUGUUGAUAUGAUGCACGGGUGGAUGGAGAAAAUACCGGACCAAGUUGGGUUCCUUAUUUUGAACUCCGACGGAGGUGUCAUCAGCUCUGGAGGUGAACUGGAGAAUGAAGAGAGAAUCGGUGGAAUCAUUCACAAGAUGGUCUACUGCGCGGACAAGAGCGACCUGAUGCCAACCGACAACAGAGAUCCCGUCAACAGAAUGUCUAUUCACCUCGGCAACUACUUCUAUGCUGUGACGCUGUCGAAUCAGAAGAUUUACGUCUCCAAGAGGAUGUACAUACCAGCAGAGCCAAUAAAUGUUUGAGUGAACACUAUAGAGGAAAUGUAAAUAAAUGCUAACUAUUACUGGCACA